AACUUCGUCGUCUUUCGCAUACAAAAGCAACGGAUUAUAGUAGUAGUUGCUGUAUUUGGGCCUUGCUAUCGUGUCGUCUUGUUUUUGUGAAAUAAUACCAUAUUCACCAUGCCUACUAUUAAACUGCAGAGUUCUGAUGGAGAGAUAUUUGAAGUUGAUGUUGAAAUUGCGAAGCAGUCUGUAACCAUUAAGACUAUGUUAGAAGACUUAGGCAUGGACGAUGAAGGUGAUGAUGAUCCUGUUCCACUUCCCAAUGUUAAUGCAGCUAUUCUGAAAAAGGUGAUUCAGUGGUGCACUCAUCACAAAGAUGACCCCCCUCCUCCUGAAGAUGAUGAAAACAAAGAGAAGAGAACAGAUGAUAUCCCUGUGUGGGAUCAGGAGUUCCUGAAAGUUGACCAGGGAACACUUUUUGAGCUUAUCCUGGCUGCAAACUAUUUGGACAUCAAGGGACUGUUAGAUGUUACAUGCAAGACAGUUGCUAACAUGAUUAAAGGAAAAACUCCAGAAGAAAUUCGAAAGACCUUUAAUAUCAAAAAUGACUUCACUGAGGAAGAAGAAGCACAGGUACGCAAGGAGAACCAGUGGUGUGAAGAAAAAUGAGCUCUUACAAGCUGACACUACAACACACUGUAAUGAUCGUUCCAAAUACUGGUUGCACUGCGCUGUUCAUACUUGUUAAUAUUACCGUAGAGAAAUAGAGCAGCAAAUCCAUGUGCAUUCAAAGCAUGAUAAUUCCCAUUGCUUGUCUGGUGCAAAUUUUUUUUCCAGUUUGUUUUUACAGACUUAUUGAAGGUUGUAUUCACUUUUCAGUCUUGGAUAUCUAAAAUUAUGAUAAUUUUGAAUCGCUGAACAUUAGAAGCACCUAUUCCCCCUGCUGUUUUUAAAAGCUUUAGGUUUGUCUUUUUUUACUGAAUUUGUUUUUCUGUUGUGGUAAAUAAACAACCUUUUGAUGAAUAUUAUUGAUAAAAGCUGAAUUUUGUAAAUAUGGCCAACUUCAACUUCAUUUGUAUCCUGUCCUGUACAAGAGAAAUGCAACAUAAUAAACUUAGGAAGUUGUGGAUAUCUUGUUUCUUAAUGGAAAAAAUUACAGGCAGUGAAAGUUAACAAUAAAAUUUCAGAACAGCUGUGUAGAAGAUAUUGUCUGGUUUGCUUUUGCUGUGGACUGAAAGCAUUAGUAUGUAGUAAAAAUAAUGUCUUCUAUUACACAGUUCAGUAUUUCCUUUCUAUUUAUUGUUGUUACUAAGAUGGAAACCGCUUAUAACUAAACAAAAUGACAUCUGGGAAGCUCACCCUUAAUAUGAUUGAAAUAAACAGUAACAAAGAAAACUGUUUUAUUAUGGAAUUCUUUAAUGUGGAAAGCUUGCCAUUUUCAUCUCAAAGCUCCACAUUUUCAUUUCCUUAUUGUUUUUAUCCCCUCUGUAAUGUAGAGAAGCAUUUAUUUAAGUGAUGAGAUUCAUUGCUGUGCAAUUAAGUAUUUUGAAUAAAGAGCAGCUUUAAACUUU